GAGAGAGAAACUUUGAUUUCAAAUCUGUUUUAUGGUAUCAGAGCCUUGUCGGUCAGGAAUUAGAGAGUUUCUUUCAAUUUUAUUCCUAUUCUAUUGUUCCCAUCUGUAAUGGCCCCAUUUCAAAAUAGUAGCUACCCAUAUCCUUCUACCCUCAAUGUGUCAAACUUUGUUUCCCUAAGACUUACUCCCACCAACUAUCUAUUAUGGAGGACUCAAAUGGCCGCCUUAAUUGAAAGUCAAGACAUGUAGGGAUUCCUAGAUGGAGAGUAUAUCAUGCCGGCAGCCAAAAUCACCCCAACUGACAGCACUAAUGCUGAGGGACCCAAAGAGGUACCAAACCCGACUUGUAUCUCAUGGAGGCGGUCUGAUCGCCUUCUACGUGGAUGGAUCACUGGCACUCUUUCUGAAGAAGUGCUUGGAAUCGUUGUGGGACUCACAACAUCUCGUGAGGUUUGGGAUGCUUUAGAAGAAGCUUAUGCCCAAGACUCUCAAAAGAGAGAGUUCAAUUUGACACAAGCAAUGACCACAUUGCGAAAAGGACUUGGCCAAGGCUAUGAGAACUUUGUGACAACCACGUUGAAACCUCCGGUUCCACCAUACCAAGAAGUUGUAUCUCUUCUCAAAAGUCAUGAGACUCGGAACCAAAUCCAUGGGUUUGACAGUUAUAAUCAUCCUCAAGUGGCCUUUUACGGACAAAGGACCAAUGGAAACCAAAACAAGAGGAAAGGAAAUGGCUUCAACAAAUUCAAACUUAAAAGGAAAAGGAAUGUCGGAUCUAACUUUACGAGGAAUCAGCCCAACAACUUCAACAAACAGAAGGCUGAAGCUCAAAAUCCCAUCAUGGAGAGUGCAGUCAAAUGCCAAAUUUGUGGAAAGCUCAAUCAUAUUGCUAUGAAGUGCUUCAACAGAUUUAAUCACUCAUAUCAAGAAGAUGACAUUCCAAAGGCAUUGGCAACCAUCACCAUUGAUGAUAAUCAAGAGCUUGAAUGGCAUCCAGGCACAGGUGCAUUUGUCCAUAUGACAGGAAAUUCUAGUAAGCUAAAUAACUUAAAACCUUAUCAUGGCCAAGAUGCUGUUAUGGUUGGUGAUUACAAGAAGAAUAAAUUGGAGCCAAAGUCAUUGCCUUGCAUUUUUAUUGGAUACAGUACCAAGCACAAAGGGUAUAAGUGCUUAUAUCCUCCAACAAACCGAAUAUACAUAUCUCGACAUGUGGUCUUUGAUGAAUCAUGCCUGCCAUUCACAAAUCUGACCUUGCUUUAUGCAACUCCGGAUGUUGAAACUGAGGUAACAACAUUCCAUCCUUGGAUAACUGCUGACGAAAACUCUUUAAGUACUGCAGGUGAUGGUGAAAAGCAGAGUUGCUCUAUUCCAUGUGUUGCACCGACCAUAGAACAAGGGAAAUUAGAUUGCAGUGAAGAAUCCAAUCUUAAUGACUCAAGAGAAAUUCUUGACUCGAGGGCACAAGCUAUCGAAAUUAAUGAUCAUCAGCCAAAUGAAGAACUUGAUUCACAUCUAGUUAAUUCCAUCCGAUCCAUUGAUAAUCAUCAUCAAAAUGAUGACUUGGUGCAAAUUAAUGAUGGCCAUGAAAAUGGAAAUUUGAUGCAAAAUCUGCCAACAAACAGUGGAGUGGAUGCAAACACUACAAAUGAAGAAAAUCACUCUCCUACAUCAGUUGAGAUAGUUAACCCAUUAUCGGUCCAGGCAGCAAACACACGGCAAUACCAAAUGGUCACCCGAUCACAAAAAGGUAUCCUUAAACCAAAUCCUCGUUAUGCAAAUUUACAUAUAUUGCAUAAAAUUUCAAGCAUUCCAAUAGAGCCCAAGUCAGUUCGGUCAGCACUUAAACAUCAAGGAUGGACCAUUGCAAUGCAUGAAGAAUUAGAAGCACUUGCAAAAAAUGAUACUUGGGACCUCGUGCCUCGUAUGAAAGAUAUGAAUGUGGUUGGAUCUAAAUGGGUGUUCAAAACAAAAUUACAUGCUGAUGGGAGUCUAGAGCGCCUCAAGGCGCGUCUUGUUGCCAAAGGAUUUCAUCAAAUAGCCGAUGUUGAUUUCUCUGAAACAUUUUCCCCUGUGGUGAAAGCUAGGACCAUUCAUACCAUAUUAGCAAUUGCAACAACCAAACAAUGGCAAAUUCGACAACUGGACGUGAAGAACGCUUUUCUACAUGGAUAUCUCAAUGAGCCAGUAUAUAUGGAGCAACCACCUGGGUUUUUGGAUCCCAAAUUCCCAACUCAUGUUUGUCGAUUAAAACGUGCUUUAUAUGAGUUGAAACAAGCACCACGAGAUAACUCUGAAUUUCUUAAGCUGUUUAUCUCUCAGCUUGGUCAAGAAUUUGCUAUUAAAGAUCUUGGUCGUCUCAAUUUCUUUCUUGGCAUAGAAGUUCAUUACACAAGCUUUGGUUUGAUUCUAUCUCAAUCCAAAUAUGCACUAGACAUUUUAUCUAGAGCUCAAAUGGAGGAUUGCAACUCGAUCUCCACUCCUAUGGCGCUUAAAGCACAUUCUUCACAUUCUAGCAAUGAUGCAUUUCAUGAUCCAACUCAUUAUAGGAGUACUUUCAUGAAUUGUCCUACAAUUGGAAAUUACCAAACCGUCAAGCAGAUAUUAAGGUAUGUACAUGGGACUCUCAAUUAUGGCUUACAAAUUCUUAACCACAGUUCCUUAGACUUGUAUGCCUUUUCAGAUGCUGAUUGGGCUGGGUGUCCUUUGACCCGCUGUUCCACCUCUGGUUAUUAUACCUUCUUGGGAAGCAACUGCAUUUCAUGGUGUGCAAAGAAACAACCUACAGUGGCUCGUUCGAGUGCCAAAGCAGAGUAUCGAUCUAUGGCUUCAACAACUGCUGAAAUCACUUGGCUUGCACACCUUCUUCGUGACAUUGGAGUGGCUCUUAACAAUGCCCCUAUUCUUCAUUGUGACAACUUGAGUGCAAUAUAUAUGACAGUCAAUCCAGUCUUUCAUAGCCGCACCAAGUACGUUGAAAUUGAUUAUCAUUUUGUUAGAGAGAAAGUUGCUCUUGGUCACCUUAUUACUCGGUUUGUCAGUUCUACCUCACAAUUAGCUGACAUCUUUACAAAGCCAUUGACUCGAGACAGCUUUCAUCGACUACGCAGCAAAUUGGGUCUUGUGUCUCUGCCACUACCCAAUUUGAGGGGGAGUAAUAAAGUCUCAACUUGUGAGGAUCAUUUUGUAGAACCUGCAGAAGGAAACAAAUCAAAUGGCAAUAAUGCUUUGGAGGAAAAUUAGCAAUCAAAGAAAUUGUAAAAUGCAACCGUUGGAGAUAUAGCUAUUGCAAAUUUAUAUUGUAAUCAUACCUUAAAUCAUGCUAUUUACUGUCUAAUGCAACUAUAAAUAAAAGAAACUCUCUUUCUCUUCUCACCUUGAGAGAGAAACUUUGAUUUCAAAUCUGUUUUAGUUUAUUGGUAGUGAUAUCGAGACCUCUGUAAACUUGCAUUUUAUCAGAGUUAAUUACUUGAGAGUGGGGAAAGUAGGCGUUGGCCAGGUCAAGGGAAAGGCGGGACUUUCCACUCCCGGUGGCACCCAUGAUGACGACGAGCUUGUCUUUCUGGCGGUGGGCGAUGGUGAUGGGGGUAGCAGAGUCCAUACGGGGCCAUCUUGGGCGGCGGCGGCCAGAAGCAACAGAGAGUGAAGAAUGGAGGUGAGUGAAGCCAUACUGAAAUAAUGGGCGGGUGAUUUUCAUAUGAGGAUGCGGAAAGGACAGAGUGGUGGCUGUCUUUGUUGAGUUGUGCAUAAACAUAUACGGAAUCUGAAAUAUUGGUUACCAAUCUGUUCUCUCUGUUUCGUAGCAGCAACAGCUCUGUGCCUGCGCAGCAACGUUAUUUUUUAAAUUUCAACAGACAGCAACUUCAAAACAGAGGGAGAGAAACUGGGGGCAUGACUUGAGGAUCAGGUAAUGGCGUUUUGCAUAUUGGAACAAAGAUGGCGUCUUUCACUGUGCUAUUUGAAUCGGAGAAGGUGGUGUUUGUGGUGGUUGAGCAGGGUACUCUGUAACUUUAUGGACUCUGUUUCGUAACAUAUACUAACAUUUGUCUCUUUUCAU